AUGAUGCUCGUUCCCUCAGCUCUCAAAGUCACUCUAGGUGGGGUGGUUAGUCCGGCGGACGUAAAGACAUGCGUAUUGCUGACGUCAAAGAGUCGCUUGCUUUCGUAUACGUCACAUACUCGACAUCCUGAGGAUCUCGUAAAGGUCCUUACAUCUCUGGCGGCUGAGGCAUGGCGCGAAACACAGAAGGACAAUGCUCUCAGAGGAGAAGGUCUCUCUAAGGAGGACCAGAUAGCCAUGAUUGAGAGUGAGCUUGGACGCGUCGUUGUCAUGCCUAUCUAUCCCUCCUCAGCCCCCAGCAUCAGCCCUUCGCCCUCCUUCACUUCUUCCGAGAAAGUCACUAGCGCCCAAAAAGUUGUGGCAUUUCCGUCGCGUGACCAACAGGUCGACACGGCCGACACAAGUGGCUCUUCAAACAAUGAUGGUUCGCAAUCAUCGGGUCAAUCCAACCCUGUGAUUUUCUUGCUCGCCCUACACGGGUCUAAGGAUGUCCCAUGGGGUUUAUUCCGAGCCAAGGGAAAACCUCUGGUGAAAGGCUUGAGUCUGUCCCUGAGCGGAAUUGGCGAUCGGCUAGAUUCAGGAGCAAGCGCUAGUCCGCCAGUGGGCCGAUAG